ACCGAGGCCCACCGAUAUCGGGUAGGGUUUAAAGCUCAAAACUUUGCAGUCUCUCCCGCGAUAUUCGUCUCUACAGUCUAUCCUGCACCGCUCCCAACUAUCAAAACCGGCGGCUUUCCUUUCGAUAGAGGCAAAAACAAGCUUCAAGUUCCAUAUAAAAAAGCUAGGAGGAAAGCAUUGACUGCUGGGUCGGAGCAAUACGCCAGCCCCGCACUUCCCUCUUACCUUCUCUGCUCACUUCCUCUACCCACUUUCACUGUAGAGAAGAGAAUUAGAAGAGACGGAGGAGGAGAAGGAUACCCAUACAACCUAAUCUCCUUAUUCGCUCAGAUUCCUUCUUCGGCCGAUUUGGUCGGUGCCCAUCUGCAGAAUUUGGCAUUUGAAGGAACCCAUUUUGUUUUUGUUUCUGUUUUACCAGGCGGGGAGAGUGACAAGAGUAAUUUAGGUAUGGGUAGGGGUUGCGCGCAAGUUGCUCGACGGAAUAACGGAGGGGUGGCGUUCUCUAGCUCUGGUGUCAAGGUGCAGCUUUUCCUCCACGAGGCUACGGAUGCUGCCGUUAAGCCGAAAGCUCGUAGCAGCAAUGUCUUCUUCGCCAGUGUCAAUCAGGUCGGGAAGGGAUUCGGGCUCUCUUCCUCAACGAAUUCGCUGGAGAAUUCCUCUACCGCCGUGCUUACUGCUGCUAAUGUGCAGUUGAAGCUGGUGUCAAUAGCUGAGCCUCCUCUGACUGUAGAGAGCAGCAGCAAUGCCGAGCUGCAGCUGGGCGAAGUUCUCGACACGGUGGUGCAGACCACGAAGAAGAACAAGAAGGGUGGGUUUAAGUGGAGAAUCAAGGUGAGGAAUCCGGCGUUGAGGAGGCUGAUAAGUGGGGGUAUCGCGGGAGCUGUUUCGAGAACUGUUGUUGCUCCUUUAGAGACCAUAAGGACUCAUUUGAUGGUUGGGAGCAGCUGCGGGCAUUCCUCGUUCGAAGUGUUUGAUAAUAUUAUGAAGUCUGAAGGCUGGACUGGUUUGUUCAGAGGCAAUUUCGUUAAUGUUAUGCGUGUCGCUCCAAGCAAAGCUAUCGAGUUAUUUGCUUAUGAUACCAUUAUGAAGAACUUGACCCCUAAUCCUGGGGAAAAAUCGAUGCUGCCAAUUCCUGCAUCCUCAAUUGCUGGUGGCCUAGCUGGUAUAACUUCCACCUUCUGCACAUACCCCCUCGAGUUGCUCAAAACCCGAAUCACAGUACAGAGAGGAGUAUACGAUAACCUGCUCGAUGCCUUCGUAAAGAUAGUCCGACAGGAAGGGCCCGGGGAGCUAUACCGAGGUCUAACCGCAAGCCUAAUAGGGGUAGCGCCAUACACAGCAGCCAAUUACUUUGCAUACGACACCAUGAGGAAAGCUUACAAGAAGGCUUUCAAGACCGAGGAGAUCGGAAAUGUGAUGACCCUUCUUAUCGGGUCGGCUGCUGGUGCAAUGUCGAGCGCUGCAACUUUCCCUCUGGAGGUGGCGAGGAAACAAAUGCAGGCUGGGGCGCUCAACGGAGGGCACUAUCGCAAUCUGUUCCACGCUUUAUCUGGGAUCCUUGAGAAGGAAGGAUUGGGAGGCUUGUAUAGAGGGUUGGGACCAAGCUGCAUGAAGUUAGUACCUGCUGCUGGUAUAUCAUUCAUGUGCUACGAGGCUUGCAAGAAGAUACUGGUUUUGGAAGAGGAAGCUCGCGUAGAGCAAGCAACGGGUUGAUGAGCAUCUUGUUUUUCUUCUUCUUCUUCCUCUAGGGGCUAGCUUCGGAAUUCGCCUAGAUACUAUUUGAUAAGGGUGUCAGUUUGCCCUAAGAGAUGUGACCUUUGUUCUUUUAGAUUCUAGGCCAAUAACUCUUUGAUGAGUUUGCUAGAGAGCUCUUGUGUUGUAUUAGUGGGUAUUAUGGCUCAACAUUCUUCCCUUUCCACCUGAAAAUCGAGGGAAGAGAUCAUUCACCAAUUUUGUAGGUACACUAAACUUAAAAGGCAUGUUAAUGAUCGUUGAACAUUAUUAGUGAUUGUAUGCUCGUUGGUCUCAGUG